GGUAACGGAAGUGUAGGAGUCAAAGUCUAUAGUACAAUUAUCGGAUCACAUUGUACACCAAUAUAUUGCUUUGUGUUACACCAACACAUUUUAUAUACCAAAAAUACCCUAACCUUCAUUGAUGUUUAUAAGAUUUAUAUAGAUAUAGAUUAGAUUAGAUAAACAAAAUAAAGUUCAUUGUGCAAGAAUUUGAAGUGUAAACAAAAGUAUAAACCUCUACUGGGGCAAGUUCUAUACACUCCACACCAGCCCACUAAAUAUUAGGAACCCGGAAUAUAGAAACCAGAAAGAGGAACAAAGCCGAUCUGAGUAGGGUGUCACUGUUGACGGGGAGGAUGAAUACAGACAUUACUGCUUCUGUGAAGCCCGAAUAUCCAGUGAUAGAUCGGAAUCCACCCUUCACAAACGUGGUUUCCAAUUUCAACACGCUCGAUUACCUCAGGCUCACCACCAUCACCGGUGUCUCUGUCACCGUCGGCUAUCUCUCAGGCAUAAAGCCGGGGAUAAGGGGCCCAUCAAUGGUGACGGGAGGACUGAUUGGGCUGAUGGGAGGGUUUAUGUACGCUUACCAGAACUCUGCAGGAAGACUCAUGGGCUUUUUCCCCAAUGAAGGAGAGGUAGCUAAGUACAAGAAAUCGCUAUCUCUCUAAGCUUCUUUCCCUUCUCUCUCUCUCUCACGCUUCCUAUCUAGUCAAAUUGGACAGAGACUUCUGUACGUCUGUGAUAUUAAGAAUAAGAUUGUGCCGCAGUUAAUGUUUUUCUAUUGAAUCUGAUGAAACUUUCACUCAAUGUGGAUUGAUGAGCUACUUGGAAUGGAAGAAGCUUGAGUUU